UUUUUCCAGAAUGGGAAUUUCCGAAAAUUGUCUAGCCAGAGAUGUGUAUCGAGAACGUUAUAUCAGGGGGAUGUCACUGGAAGUGAACUGUCUGGUUGAAACUUUUGAAAAAUAGUCGUUGAUAACUGAAGUUAAAGUGAACCACAGACUGAACAUAUCCAUAUACAGAGGAAUAGCCUUAAUGAAUUUGAACAAUUUGUUACAUGAUGGCAAGGGGUCGAAUACCAACCGAAAGUCGGAACAAGAACUACAAUGGCGCGAGGUCCCGGGGUAAUGUAGACGGGAAAGUUGCUCAAAUCCCCGUAUCUCAUAACAGUGGAAAUGAAGCAGAGAAGCUGUCAGAAGCUGCUGGUGGUAUCUCUGAUAAGGAGGCGCCGGAUGAAUCUGCCUUAUUUCCACCUGAUAUUGAGAAGGGCGAUGAUGAGAGCAAGAAUUCUCAGGAAAGUGAUAAUGGACUGGUUCAUCAAGGCAAAGUUGUAAACAUUAAGGCAUCAAAAGUCCGCCGUCUUUCGCCAACAAUGUACAGGUCUUUGUCAUUAAACGCUGAACAAGGUUUCAAGUCACCACCAAAAGAUUACGGAAACUUUGAAAGUGGCAGUGAUGUUACAAAAUCUGACUUUAUUAAUAUUAAUAUUCCUUGGCAAUACAAAAAAAGCACAUCAGCAACAUGGACUCAAACUGAAGUUGUAAGUACAUCUGAUAGCCUUAUACAACUUGGCAGCACAGACUCGUGUGAAGUACAGCCAGUUGGGGGAUACUUGGAACAGAAGAAUGACAGACUAAAAUCACUUUAUCGAAUCCUUGCAAUUGACGACCAGAGCCUUGCACCAUGUACAGAUAUUGGUGGUGUCGGUUCUGCAGUUAGUGGCUCUACAGAAAUCAAACCACAUUCAAAUUAUCCACUGUUACAUGUAGCCAGCAACUCUAAAUACAAACAUGGAUAUAAUAACUUGAAGAAAAGAGCUAAAAGCAGUCAUAAACAGAGGAUGAGCUCUCAUUUCGAAAGUGCUUGUAGUUCAUCUGGUCAUUGUUUCCAUCCAAACCAAACUCAUGAUUGGCGCAGUCAUGAUGCUAAGAAGAUGUAUAUGUACAACUAUGCAGCUUCAAGAACUGGGCAUAUAUGGGCAAGAGAAAGACAUACAAACUUUUUCACAGAGGUUGGAACUUGCUCCCACAUUGGUGAUGGAUAUGUCCUGACCUGUUUUCACUGUAUCGAGAAGAUCUUUUUAAGAGAUGAUUGGCAAAAUGAACAAUAUUUACAGCAAGAUCUGGUUGUUACUUUUCCAGAAAUUGGUGUUCAAAAACUGCACCCUGGAAGUACUUUAGUCAAGUACGGAUUUGAACCCUGUUUAUUCUCUCACAGUGAAACUAAAGAGCUUGACUACGCUGUCCUGCGAUUGGAUCUUGGUGAUGCGGAACAGGUUCCACCUCACUAUGCAAAAUACACAAACAAGACAAUCGACCAGGAACUUCCAGUCUACAUUGCUGGCUACCAACUCCAUCCGAAAUAUCCGUAUGGCAAAUUAGUUAUGGAUUCAACAGCACUCAAACUACCAAGGCAAGCACUGAGCUUAGAUUCUGUUAAAUCCUGGAGUAAGAAGCUCGGAAGUAGUUUUCAAGCUCAAGCUCGAAAAUCAACACAUUACCCAGUAAAUAGAUGUGGACGAUUUUCCCCAUUAUUAACAAAACUCAUAAUGGGAGCGUCAGGUGGAUUCGGUCUGACAUCACAUCCUCAAGAUGACUUACCAGUUGUAAACUUCAUGUAUCGGGCAGGCUAUCCAAAGGCUUACUAUGCUAGCUUUUUUGACAAUGCUUCAACUUCAUGUGAUGAUCGUCUGGCCAUACAAAAUAACCUUCCUCCGUGCUGGACAUUUCAGGAAGGUACACCCAUUGGAACCAUUGUAGAGGAGAUCAAGAAAAGUCCAUUUCCAUCCUUGAACUCCAUUUCAUUCCUGCAGUCAGACAUUUAGUUGGCAAUCUAGUAGAAUCUACAAUUUGUUAAACUGAAAUUUGUUGUUGUGUACCUUUAUAAACUAGUAGAGCUCAGGAAACAUACAUUCUUGAACACUAUUAGAUUUUUGUUGCCAAACAUUUAUCUGAUAAUCAACUGGAGAUUGUGGAAGUAUAGCUGGAGUUCAGAGAAUUCCCUGACGCUGAGGAAUACCAAGCUGUCAUGAUCAGUGCACAGUACAUGUACAGUGAUGACUGGUAAAAACAGGAAGCGAUGUACAUAUUUAUGAUUUUAAAAAAGAUUGAUUAUUUGCUGUUAGAUUUAAUUUAAGUCAAAUUAAUUAUAUAUAAACAUCAAUAUAUUUUAGUCAGUGUAUAUAUUACAUACAUACAGUGUAUAUUGUAUUCUGUGUAUGUAGGUACAGUGUAGAGUAUUGUAGAUUUUUAGAUUUAUGGAUCAAACAAUUAGCGAUGAGACAUUUUACUUCAAAUUUCAUUGUGUAUUUCAGUUUGAAUUUGGUGCUGAAUUAUAUAAGCUUGUGUACUGAAAUACAAAAAAAAAUAUACUUGAAACAUACAUUUUGUGGUUAUAAUUAUCCAGCUUUUAAUUUUCAUGGUACAUAUGCAUGUCAAAUUUCUGAAUAUGCCAAAAAAAAAAAAAAAAAAAAGAUACAAACAUGAUACAUGUACCAUCAAUUUUUUUUUAUACCAUGUAUUUAUAUAGAGUCACCAUGGAUAUCUCAAUCCAUUGCCAUUUAAAAGAAAUGUACUUUCAUUUUUCAUAUAGAAAGUAUUAAACAAGUACAGCAUAGCAGUUAACUCAUGAUGCCCUACAUAGUACAUUUUUGUUCUUGAAUUUUCUCAUUGAUAUGUUUGCUUUAUAGACAUACUUCCUCAAAAAAACAAAAAA